GUCUGCCUUCAACCUACAGACCGUUCUCGCUCGGGAAGGCAAUGAGUCGCAUUCGCCGUCUUUCCAGUUAUAGUCCUUUCGCGCCUCUCUCUUUUCUCACUCUCUGUCACUACAUUUCUCCGAAGCCAGACUGAGUUUCUCUUCUUUGCUUUGCUUACAGGCAGAACUUGAAUUCGACAUGUCGAGUUGUUCUGGUAACAAAGCUGGACAUUUACAUUUGAACUUAAAUGAGCCACCAAGUGAAGAUGGUUCUGGAUGUUAUGUGAUGCUGACAAAGGAUCAGAAGCCUAUAUCCCGCACAGAAUGCCUUAAUCCUCCAUUUAAAGUUUCAUCUUGUUGGAGCAUAUCUAAACUGGUACGACUGGGCCUAGAACCUAACCUGUCUAGGCUACCUCACUUUGUUCUAUGUCCCGCGUUUCAGAAUGAUCAUCAAGUAAAGGAGUGGAGUGUGUUUAUGAAUUUUCUCCAGAGAUACAAGAAGGUUGCGAUUGUGAAAUCUGGGUCAUGUGUGUUUUACAUACUUCCACCCGAGGCCAACACGGAUUUUAGCAGGGCUAUUGUGAAAUUCGAACUUAGUUUGGAUGUUACAAAACAUGGUGCAUCAGAUAGAACCUCAAUGGAUUCUAAGCAAAGGAUGCUAGUAAGAAGUACUUGCUCAAAAAAUGCGACACAAUCCAUUCCAUUUGGAGAGGUUGCCAGAUCAAGCCGUCAAUUUGUUGAGGAAUCUGGAGAUAGCUCAGAUGCAAAUAUUAGACAUUUCAAUAGCCAUGUAAAGAAGCAUCUUUCCAAUUUUAAGAUUCCUAUGACAGUUGCGGGCCAAUCUUGGGGCAGAUCUCAAACCAUGGAAUUGAAGCACGAUGACCAUCUUGACAAAAAGUGUACAUUUGUGAGGGAAAAUGGUCCCCAUGUCUCUAUGGAAGAGCAUCCUAUUGAUCUUAAGGUUUCACAAGCACCUGGUAGUAAUAAUUCUCAUGAAUCUAGAAGGGAAGCUUAUAACAAAUUUCAAAACAUGGAGGUGAAUCAGGAUCAUAUGGAUAGAAAAUUUGCAAGCCUUGGGGAAAUGGCAGGUUCCAAUGCCCCUAUGGUGAAGGAUCCUCCUAAUCUUAAGUUUUCACAAACAACUUGCAAUCAUAAUGUUUAUGAAUGUAGGGAGGAAGCUUGUAGCAGAUCCCAACCCAUACAAUUAAAACAAGAUGUUCCUUUGGAGAAAAAUGUUGUACGAGUAGACCCUAGUUACUUGAGAACUCUUGGCCAAGUUCAUUCUGGAUGGAUUUUUGGUGCAAUAGCGGAGCUUGUUGACAAUUCGAGGGAUGCUAAAGCAACAAAAUUGGACAUUUCCAUUGACAUUGUAUAUUCAAAAUUAUUUGGGAAGGAGAUACCUAUGUUGUCAAUUGUAGAUGAUGGCCAUGGGAUGUCUCAUGAGGAGAUUCUGAGAAUGGUCUCAUUUGGUCACAAGAAACCAAAUGGAGAUGACCAUGAUCACAUUGGGAGAUUUGGUGUGGGCUUUAAGACUGGAGCCAUGAGGCUUGGCCGGGAUGCUAUUGUUCUUACCCAGACUAGUAACUCCAGAUCUGUAGCUUUUCUUUCACAAUCAUUAAAUGCAGGGAGAGAUAAUGUGGAAAUUCCUAUUAUAAGCUACUGCAGACAGGGGCAAUUCAUGGAAAGGGACACAAGUGUUCAGUCUGAAGCUUUGGCAGAGUAUAACUUGAAAUGUAUUAGAAACUACUCACCUUUCAAUGAGUAUUUUAUUGGUGAAAAAUCAGCAUUAUUUAAUGCUGAAGGCACAGGAACACAAAUAUACAUAUGGAAUUUAGAUGAAUGGGGAUCGGAUUAUUGUUUGGAAUGGCAAUCUGGGAAGAGUGGGGAAAGCUCCUCCAACAAAUGUGAUAUACUAAUUCGUUCUAGACGGAUCAGGUCUCGUCCUGGCCAAAUUAGCAAAAUGGUUCCAUUAGAUUAUUCACUUCGAUCUUACUUGGAAGUCAUCUUUUUAGAUCCACGAAUGAAGAUAAGUGUUCAAGGUUCAUUAGUUAAAAGUCGACCCCUGGCAAAGUUCCUAAGUAAGACUAAGAUUGUAAAAGGCGAGAUAAUGGGAAAACCUGUUAGCUUGACUGUUGGACGCUGUCAAAAAGAGUGGGAGCGGGUGAAUUGUGGAAUAUUUUUGUACUGGCAUGGCCGCUUGAUUGAGGCCUAUAAAAGGGUUGGUGGAAUGGUUCAUAAUGCAGACAUGGGCCGAGGCAUAAUUGGUGUCAUAGAUGUUACAAAUGUAAUGAGUGAUGGGAAUGGUCAUGUCUGGGUGCACAACAAUAAGCAAGGUUUCCAGGACUGUGAAGCUUAUGCUGUACUUGAGAGUUGGUUGGGUAAUGAAGCUGAUAAAUAUUGGGAUGAAAAUUACGAUUCACUUCUCUUGGUGAAGGGUGAUUCAUGCUACAAACCUGAUGAGGAGUGGGUGCAGUGUGACAAAUGUAGAAAGUGGAGGAAAUUGGAAAGUGGCUUUGAUACCAGGAAGUUACCUCAAGAAUGGUUUUGCCAGUUGGAGCCUUACAAUGGAAGUUGUAAAACUCCUGAAGAACUAGCUGAGCCUGGAGUGAUUACUGUAGCUGCAAAGAGAUCUGGAUAUGAAUUGGAUCAGAAGUAUGCUACUUGUGAAGAAGCUAUGCAGAAAGUACAUACCACCGAACACAAAUUAUCAGGUGAUAGUGACGAGGACAGAAGUACAUUGGAGGAGGAUAAUCAGGAUGUAAAACAUAGAGGAGUCGUAUUGAAAAGGCUUAGAAGGGGUCCCGCAAGGGCCCAUAAGAAGGCCUAGGAGAGGUAGAAAUCUGCUGCGUUUUCACUGCUGUACAGGCUUUUUUGUUUUGGCUUCAGAGCAUUACCAUGUUGAUGAUUACUAGAUCCUUGUGUCAAUGUUAAUCUAUAUAACAUUGUGCCUUC